UUUGUUGACAGGAUGGUGAGUAUUUCAAAGAAGAGUACGACAGCCGAACCGCCUCUAUCAGACGGUAGCACAUCUGACAGUCCAAGUGCUAGUGGUGUUGAUAAGGAGCAGAAUGGGGAAGAAGUCAACCCCGGAGAUUUCAAAAACUUUGCCAUAUCUGAUGACAUAAUAUCUCGACUUCAGAAACGGGUAACACAUCUAUUCCCCGUUCAGGUGUCCACAUUCCGACCUGUUUACAAAGGCAAAGACGUCAUCACACAAGCUCGAACUGGAUCCGGUAAAACUCUCUCGUUUUCUCUGCCGAUAGUAUCUCGUUUGGAGAAGAGUUACAUUGGGGAGCAGGUACGAGGACGACCUACCAAAGUCAUCGUCCUCGCUCCAACAAGAGAGUUAGCUGUCCAGAUAUACGACGAUUUUGUGUCUGUUAGUGAUACGGACAAGCUGAAGAUUGAAAAGUUCUACGGAGGAUCGUCCUACCUACCACAAGAAACAGCUAUGAGGAGAGGUAUCGACAUCUUGGUCGGUACACCAGGCAGAAUAAUGGAUCUCUGCGAGAAAGGUAAACUUGACCUGACCAAAGUUAGCCAUGUCAUUCUGGAUGAGGCCGACAGGAUGUUGGAGAUAGGUUUUAAGGAGCACAUUGAUAUGAUCUUAUCGUAUUGUUACUCGGAGAAUAAACCCCAAAUGUUGCUUUUCUCUGCUACCAUGCCUUCCUGGGUGUCCGAAGUGGCAAGGAAGUACAUGACAACGAAGAAAAUAAACCUGGUGUCUAUGACCAAUAAAACGUCUGCCACAGUCAACCAUUUGGCCAUACGGUGUAUGUGGCAGAACAGAAAUGAUAUUAUUGGUGACAUCGUCCAACAAUACAGUGGUAGACAUGGUCGAGCGAUCGUUUUCACCCAGACCAAAGUUGAAGCCAACGACCUAUCGGUAUCCACCUCCAUCAACAUGGAAGCCCAGGUUCUCCACGGAGACAUCGUCCAGAAACAACGAGAGCUGCGACUGCAAGGUUUCAGAGACGGCAAGUUCCAGUGUCUUGUUGCUACGGACGUGGCAGCACGUGGUCUGGACAUUCCAGAGAUAGACCUGGUUAUCCAGUGUGAGCCUCCUAAAGACGUGGACUCGUACAUUCACCGAUCAGGUCGAACAGGUCGAGCUGGCAGAUCAGGGACAAGUGUGUGUCUGUACAACGCCAGACAGGAGUACGCUCUGAAGGAAGUGGAGAAGAAGGCUGGUAUCAAGUUUCAGAGGGUGACCCCACCUCAACCCGAAACUCUCAUUGAGUCAGCUGUCAGGGACGCUACAAGGUGUAUUGACAACGUUCCCCCUAAAGUCCUCCCUUCAUUCAGGAAGUACGCUAAGGAAAUGUUGGAAACUAGACCAGCAGAGGAACUUUUAGCUGCAGCCCUCAGCCACAUCUCCGGUCUCACAGAAAUAAAGAAGAGGUCACUGUUGUCCUCGAUGGAAGAUUUCACCGCUUAUCAGAUGUCAAACACGUAUGCAGUCCGGGCGCCAUAUCAUUUCUGGAACGCCCUAGAGAACUGCCUUGGGGCCAGUUUUAGAGCCGAAGUGAAGUUCAUGAAGUUAACCAAAGACAAGACCGGGUGUGUUAUCGACGUUCCUUGCAGAUACGAGGAAUUCAUUCAAGACCAGUGGGUUGAUACCGACGAAGUGCAGCUUUUUAAAAUGACCGAAUUGCCAGAAUUGGAUGAUUACGAACCGAGAGGACAGUACGGAAACGGAGGAGGCGGCGGUCGUGGUUACGGAAACAACCGUAAUGGUGGUGGUUACAACAACCGUUCUAAUAACAGCUGGGGCAACAAAGGUCAAGGAAACGGCGGUUUUAAGAGGAGAAACGAUUUUGGAAAUGGCGGUUACGGAGCCAAGAGGACUAAAUUCUAGAAUUAAGUGUUUCUUAGGUUUUAAUUUAUUUCUGUUUUUAACGAUGAUUCUAUCAACAUUCGACCCGUUUGAUGGGAUCAUUAUCUGGGAUUAAUUGUAAUCUUGAAUUUUAACGUGUAUUCUGAAAUCUGGAACUGAACUGCAACUGAAAGA